ACGGUAUCGACUUUUAGCAAUGUUCGAGGCUGCAUUGAAACUCAAAGCGGCCACAGUUCCCACGGAGCACAACUAUGAGUUCAUCGUAUAUCCCCCAGGCACAUCGCGUGUUCUUCCCGCUGUGGGUUUGGCAAGUGGCUCAUGGAUCCAUGCGUCGAUGCACGCAUAUACCAGAGGCCUAACGGGGCCAAGAGGACGGAUGGCCGAUGCAUUGAUACAAUCAAUGAACUUCGUAGACAGAGACAUCGAGGAUCGAGAACGAGUCGGCGUGUCGUUGCAUAGCAGAUACAUCUCGACGCCGAUUGAUCAGGACACCAAUCCCAGUGAUGCUAGGAAGGCGAGGAAUGCAAGUGAAAUCGAACAAGACGAUGAAACUGAUGUGGAAGCAGCAAGGCAAGUCCUUGAUUCAGAGUAUGAAGAUGAUGAUCUCAGACCCAAAAAGGCACGCAAAAGAGGUCUAAAGGCACCUCCAACAACCUCAUCUACUGCCAAGAUUCGUCCUGCGAAGGAGCAGCCUGCUAAGAGGAUUGGGUCAGAUGAAGACAUCUAUACAAGUCGAAAAAGACAGCGCAAACAGGGUAUUUCUUGCGAAAUUUGUGGAGCUACAUUCUCAGCCUCAGAAGCUCUCACCAGACACAAAGAGACCAGAGUUUGCUCAGUGUGCGCUCUUUGCAACAAAAUAUGCAAAUCCAAAAAAGAACAAGUCAACCAUCACGCGACGGAGCACAACAAGAAACUCGGAACAGAACUACAGGGUCAACAGCAAUCUACUGAUGUAGCCGAUGAUCGAAAGCCAAGCCAGGGUCGACUCACAGAUCCAAAUGUGCAACCAGACGCACAGCCUUCACACCAAUCUCACCCGGGACCCAAGACACAGUCCGAAUCGCAGACGCAGACAAAGGAAAACAAACAGUCGGUGUCAAAACUUAUUGCAACUGGCUUUAUUUGUGAUAUCUGUCAUAGAGUCGACUUCCAGGACAUGAAAGGGCUCAAAAGUCACAGGUUAAGGGUUCAUAAAGAGCCAACAAGAACAGAAGUAUCAGAAACUCCACCGACUGAAGACGAAGCCACGCCUCAGGCCAGGACGACUAGACGAAGAUCUUCAGUCAGAGAGAUGGUUAAUGAAAGUCCGCCAAAUUCUUCUGACAAACGCCCAGCGCCACAAAAGCCGGCAAGUGUUUGUCCAGAUUGCGGAAAGGAUUGCUUGCAACCGAAACUACUGAAAAUACACAUCAAAAACCAGGAUUGUCUGAGAUGUGUCGACUGUGGGAUCUGGUUUGAGGAUGACUGCAAAUUUGAUCAACACUGGCAAACAACACAUCGACAAGCAAAAGAAUUGUUAUCACCAAGUCCACCAAGCGAUGAGCCAUCUGGUUCUCACGUAUCGCAGCGCACCCACGUCGCAAGUUCAUCGCCUCCGUCAAAGAUCCGAAGCAACACGAGUGAAUCCGAUAGUGGAGACAGGCGCGACGAAAUCUCAGCGUCUCAAGACCUGCGAAGUCCUAGGUCGUUGGAACCAUCAGAGGAAGCUUCAGAGGUAUCAUCAGAGGAGACAUCAGAGGACAACGAAACGCAGCACGAUCCUGCGUCUCGUGAGAACACGUCCACACCACUGAAGCUAACAAGCAACGAGUCCUUCUCGAGCGCAAUCGUGCCCCUUUCACGCAGAUCAACUAGAGGACAGCAUAGCAGUUCCCGAAUGUCUGAAAGAAGCGAUAGUCGCCAUUCGACCCCCAUGCGGUCGGAUGGGAAUCAACUUUCUGGAAUGAAUCAUGUAUGCCAGGGUGACAACUGCGUCGUCAGAGCUAGCGAUAUCAGAGCCGAUAACGGCCCUUGCAGUAAACGGGAAAAGGAGACCACGGUUCAUCUCCGUCAGAAGGGUGGGCAGGGAGGCGGCAGCCAUAUUACAGAUGUAAGAUUCACACCUGAACUGCGCUCCUCGAACUGCCCAGAUGUCCUCGAUAUCGAGAUUGAAGAAGAUUGGUGUUCUGGGACAAGCCAGGUUACGGAGACUUCAGCGUACGAAACACAGAGUGGGAUUGCAGGUUCUCAGCCACGUAGAAUGUUGGCAGGUCCACAAGGACUCGUGGAUUACAUGUCUGGAUUCUGGAGGCCGCCGCCGCUGUGA